AAUCAAAAUUAGUCCACAUGUUCUCCUUAACUCGGUCUAGUACAACUCACCUAUUCAGAGUGGUUUUGGCCAGGCUGAGCUACCUGUAAGCUGCUCGAAGUUUGGUAUUAAUAUAUAGUUUGAUUGCUCUAUGAAUUGAGCUUUGAAUUUUUAUUCUCCAAAAAAGUUUCACUGAAGUGCAUGUUGUAUUUGCAUUGCUUUGAAAAGAGGCUGACAUCUGGGCUUAGUAACUGUGUGUUUUGAUUUGCUGCUGCUUCUCCGCAAGUAGCGCCAUGUCUGUCUGAUCGAUCACACUUGGCCAAUACUGCUCUGAACAAAGGCAUGUGCUGCCCUAGAGCUUCAGCUGAAACUAAAGCACAUUGUCCAUUUCUCCAUGAAGCAUCAGGGUUUCUUUUGCAGCUUAGAAGUUUUGGGGUGGGGGUUUUGGUCAGCACUUCUCAGUACAAGUAACAUUCAGUGUGUCAGUAUUUUGUUGGUAUUAAAAUCCAUAUUUUGAUUUUGUGCUGUAUUUUUAAUUUUAGCAUAUGGAAAUUGGAAUUACAUUUAGAUCAGAUUCGGCUCUAACGUCCAUGCACAUGUAUGAAUAUAGAGUACCAAAAUUUUGUAAUGGAGAAAAGUGCAUUAUGUUGAUAAAAUAAUUGGGAGUAAUGAUGAUGCUCCAUUAACAGUAGUAUGACAUGGGCAUCUUUUUUUUUUUUUUUUAGGUUUUAGAAUGUGUAUAUCACAUUACUUGUUCAUGGCUUUGUUGACAUGUCAUGAAUGUACUAAUACAUACUGAGUAGAAUAGAUUAAUAUAAUUUGGGAAAUUUGAUUUCCAUGAGUGUGGACAUUUUCAGGAGUUCAGGAGGGGGAACGCAUGUAACCCAAAGUGCUUCAUUGCUGUGAAUCAUUGUUCAAUGUCUUAUUUGCUCAUCAUGAACAACCUACAAAUGUUUCUGCGGUGAAAUUAUUGUUUGUAAAAUUUGUAAGUUAUUUGGAUCCAUGAAACUUCAAUCAUGCGUCUUGCUGGAUUGGAUGAUUUGUUGUUGAUGACUGUGCGACUGAGUGUUUUCAUGCGUUGAAGUGUCUGUUUGCCGCUGUGGGAGUGUGUUUGAGUGUGUCUUUGGCUCUCUGAAUGUGUGACUGCAUGUGGGUGUGUGUUUGCGUUUGGUUGUGUAUCUGUUGGGUGUGUGUGUGUGUGUGUGUGUGUGUUUGCCUCUAUGGCUGUGUAUGAGUGCGUGUGUGUGUAGUGUUUUCUUUUCACCUUUCUCUUGCCCUGGUCUGACCGCAGAUGCCUUCUUUCACCUGCAGGUGUGUUUUUGUAGCGCCUCAGAAUGGCUGUGGUCAUCCGCUUGCAAGGUCUCCCCAUUGUGGCAGGGACCAUGGACAUUCGCCAUUUCUUCUCUGGAUUGACCAUCCCGGAUGGUGGGGUGCAUAUUGUGGGGGGCGAGCACGGCGAGGCGUUUAUUGUUUUCGCCACUGACGAGGAUGCCAGGCUCGGCAUGAUGCGCACAGGGGGGUCCAUCAAGGGCUCCAAGGUGUCACUGUUGCUGAGUAGCAAGACAGAGAUGCAGAACAUGAUUGAGCUUAGCCGCAGGCGGUUUGAGGCUGGCAAUGCUGAGGCGGCAGCUGCAGCUGCAGCAGCAGGAAACGGUAACCGGCCUGGUCCCCCGGCCUCCACUGCCGGGAGUGGCAGAGGCAACCUGCCCACAACCGCACAGAGUUUCAGUCACAGUCACAGUCAUACGUCACACACAACUACCGCCACCACAGCAACAGCCUCUGUGCACCACGAGCCGGUUAGCAACAAAAAUGUGCCCAGUUUUGCCGCCGCUAACAUCGGUAACAUGCCCAAUUUUAACAACUUCAGUAGUUCCAACAUCACCAUGGGUUCGACCCUGACUACUGCCAUGUCCUCCCUAAAUUCUGUCCCGCCCCCCAUACCGCCCUUGCCCACCUUACAGUCCAUCCCGCCCAUGCCCUCGAUACCACCCCUACCCGUCCCACACUCUGUGUCGUCUCUCCAGUCCGCCCCCAACGUCUCUGCCCUGACGGCAGUGCCCCCUGUCCCGCCAAUGACUCACAUGCCCCACCUCUCCGCACUGCCUCCCUUUAACCCCGGUGUCCCUCCCCCAAUGGGAGCUGGCCUGGCCGGGGCAGGGCCCCCACUCUCCCUGGGCAGCCCCAACCACAUGUUCCUGAACCCCAUGAAUUUGAACCCCCUGAAUCUCCAGGCCCACCUGAAGCCCUCGAUCACCAACCCCGACGAAUGCUAUGUCGCGCUACAAGGCCUGCCCUUUACAGCAAACGAGCUUGAGGUCAGGGAUUUCUUUCAGGGUCUGAGCGUGGAAAAUGUCCGUCUGAUUAGAGAUAACGCGGGCAGGAGCACUGGCAGAGCGCUGGUGAAGUUCUUUGCCCCCCAGGAUGCCUUUGAAGCGGUAAAGAGAGGCGCAGCUAUGCUAGGGCACAGGAUAGUGGAGAUCAUGCCAUCGUCAGAAAGGCAGUGGCGCGAGAGUGGCGGUGGACUCCUCGACCACAACAUGCCCAAACCAGGCCACAAUAACGCAGACCAGGACCGCCAUCGCCGUGGAAACGUAAGCGCUCCCUCUCCCUCGGGCCGUGCCAGGUCCCGGUCCCCGCACAAUAAGUCCGAGUUUUGCGUAUAUCUGAAGGGCCUCCCGUACGAGGCCGAGACCAGGCAGAUAUGUGACUUUUUCAAAAAUUCAGAGAUCGUGGAAGACAGCAUUUACAUUGCCUAUGGGCCUAAUGGCAGGGCGACAGGGGAAGGGUUCGUAGAGUUCAAAACCGAAAUGGACUACAAAGGUGCCCUCGGCUGCCACAUGCAGUACAUGGGCAGCCGCUUCAUACAGGUCCACCCCAUCACUAAGAAGGUCAUGUUCGAAAAGAUAGAGAGCAUUCGCAAAAGGUUGGCGAGUCUUCAGGGAGAUCAGAAAAACAAUUCCGCAGUGCCAGGUAAAGACUCCAAAAUUUGUGGCCACAUCUCGAAUAUUCCUUACAACGUGUCCAAGAAAGACGUACGUCUCUUCUUGAAUGGAGUCCAGAUAUUCGAGGACACCUUAAAAGUCCUAACCGACAGUAACGGUAAUGGCCUCGGCCAGGCAAUAGUGCAGUUCAAGUCCGAGGAGGAAGCGCUGAAAGCAGAACGGUUGCACAGACAAAAGCUUAACGGCAGAGAUGCGUUUGUCCACGUAGUUUCAUUUGACCAGAUGAGGGAGAUAGAGAGAAACCCGCCACCUCAGUCCAGGAGAGGCCAGAAGGCACAGAACAACGCUCACUCACAAGCACAGGCCCAGGUGCAGGCUCAAGUACAGGCCCAGGUCCAAGCACAUGCUUACCCCGGUAUGACAGGCGAAGAAUUUAACUUCCUCAGAAACACGGUAGGAAGCCUGGCGAACGGCCCGCCUUUCGUAACCCCAUUCACCGCCCCAGGCAAUGGGCUGGUCGGUCCCCCUCCCCUGCCCCCUCUCGGUGCCACUCUGGGGGAUGUCGCGGCGCUGGGUGUGCCGCCCCCCUUGGUUGGCGCUCACUUGCCCGGGUCAGUUCUUGAGCCUCCCGGCUUCCGUCCAGGAGGCUCUAACGGACCCCCGGGUUUCGUGGGCGGCCCUGACAGCCUGAGGGGAAUCCCACCGUUUGAUAACGGGUCGAGAAAAGGAAACAACCACAACAGGGGUGGUGGUGGUGGAGGAGGAGGAGGAGGAGGAGGAGGAGGACAGGGAGGAGGAGGAGGGGGGGGACAGGGCCAACCUGGGGGUCCCCAGCCUGCGUUUGGGGCCACCCCUGACAGUCUGCGGGGACAGACUGGGGGCACCGGCCCCAACAACCCUCGGCCCACUAUUGUAAAGAUUCAAAACAUGCCUUUCACAGUCACAGUAGAUGAGAUUCUUGAUUUCUUUUAUGGCUAUCAAGUGCUUCCCGGUUCGGUGUGCCUUCAGUUUAGCGAGAAGGGCCUGCCGACCGGUGAGGCAAUGGUUGCAUUUGAGUCCCAUGAGGAGGCAAUGUCUGCAGUCAUGGACUUGAAUGACAGGCCAAUCGGAUCAAGGAAAGUAAAGUUAACCAUGGGAUAGAGUGUGAUUUUUGGAUGAUCUGUUGAAUUGGUUAUUUUCAGUUUUUUCUCUCAUAUUUGUUUUCGGUUCACUGCAUUGGAAGCAAAGUUAAUGCCCUCCAUCAAUUCCUCUUAACACUGAACAAGACUGUAGUCCCUACCAUACCAAAGUAUGAGCUUGUCACAUACAUUAGAAAACUAAUGAAAUAUCCUCCCUUUUAACAAGACGAGCUUUUUAAUGAGUUGUAGAAUUGGCUCAAAGUGACUGAUUACCAUUCAAUCAUGAGAAGUGCAUAUGCAUUUUGUUCUGGAUCCAGUACUUGUGCUGGGGCAGGCUGAUGUUUUGCAAAUGUAAAUGCUGUGCUCUAUUUUUACUGGCAAUUAUGCUGUAUCACUUUUCUGAUGUCCUCUCUGUUGUAUUUCCUGUGUUUUGUGGUUUUGCGAAAUGUGGUGUACAUGAAAAUGCUGCCAUGGUUUGCGUGUGCACAUUGCUCUGAUUGGGUUUACGCAUUGCUCUAUGUGGUUCAUAUUUUCUCUACAAUCAAUUAACGCAACUGUGCUGCAAUGUUUGUUUUGCUUUUGUGAGAUUUGCGUGCUAAUGUUUGAAACCUCAAAUGCUGUGUACAUGACUGCACCAACCUUCUUUCCCUGUCCCAGCAAGAUUUCUGAUGUGGCAAUGUGACGCGUUUGUGUACAUGAUGGCUUUUGUCCUUAUGGCGAUAUCUUUUUUCUUUCAAGUCAGCUGUUUUCUGCUAAGAAGUAGCCUGUAGUGGGAAUGUCAAUUUUGUAGUGCUUUUGAACACUUGAUUCUUAUUUUUUUUAUUUUUGACUUAAGUUCCAGCUUUCUGUUUUCAGUUGUGUACAUAAUGUUAAGUCUACUUAUUUUGUCAAUAAAAUGACAUUCCUGAAAUGAUGCAUCUAAAGGUAUUGUAUGCUUCUCCUUUGCUGUAUGGUGACGACUCCUUGUGGUUUGCAAAUUAAUCAAAUAAAGUGCUGCCAUGCAUUUCCACCCUGA